AAGCGCAAGGACUACCAGUUCUGCUCUGACAGAUGCACCAACUUAGCUGCGAAGAAGGCACCUCAGCUCAUGAGGGUGCUGAAGGGGCAUGUCUUCUAUGAGAAUGUUAAGAAGAUGUUCGUGAAACAGUGGAAUGAUCAGAGGCAGCACCUGCCUACAAUCAUGAAGAUCUACCUCAUCACUUGGACUGCUUACCAGCACACAUCAUUUGAGAAGUAUUGCAGGAAGGUAGCUAGGAUGCGCAAGAUUGGAAAAGGCAAACUGAAGGAGUUGUGUUCGAUGUCCAACUGUCGACUCUGUCCCACCAUCCGGACUGCAUUCAAAUCGAGCUUGGAAUAUAAACACCAGAUGGUGAUGAACAACGCGACGACUGGCAUUCGCUUUGGGGGUGGGUUGUACAUGUCGCCCUCAUCCAACAGGGCAAUCAAAUAUGCUUUGAAUCUCUUGGAAGGCUCAGAGUACCUCACUGUUCUCGUUACCAGGACUGUGCUCGGAAAGAUGCAGUUCCUCAAGGAUGAACAACACCACAGGCUCUCACCUGACAAGGGAUAUGAUUCCGUCAAGGCAUGCACUAAAGGUGGUCCGUUAGAGUAUGUCACAUACCGUAAGGAUGCAGUUCAUCCUGCAUAUCUCCUUAUGAUCAACAAACACAUGUAA